AUGAAUGUAUUGCAGGGUAUUAAGGUGAGUUUGUGCCCAUCACUCUUUGAAGAAAACCUGGAUCCCAAAGGUUAUAGCAAUUUCUCAGAAUUCGUUGAAGAAACUGCCCUGCAAAAAGUUCUCGAAGUUGAUGAUAGGUUAAAGAAUCAGGGCCACAAACCCGAUGUUGUGAUUGGUGCUGAUACAAUGGUUACAUUAGAUGGUGAACUAUUUGGCAAACCAACAUCAGAACAGGAAGCGUUCAAUAUGUUAUCAAGGCUAUCAGGCAAAGCUCACACUGUGUAUACAGGUGUGGUAGUUAAGUCAAAUAAAGAAAUAGUUAAGUUCACUGAGAAGACUAAAGUUGUAUUUGGUAAAAUGGAGGAAGAUCAGAUUCGAGGCUACAUUUCUACAGGAGAACCUAUGGAUAAAGCUGGUGGCUAUGGAAUUCAAGGAGUCGGAGGGACAUUUGUAGAAAAAGUUGAAGGGGACUAUUUCACUGUUGUGGGGUUACCUUUGUAUAGGCUCUGUUCUGUCCUGUACAAUAUGUUUAAAAAUGAAACUGAUCAAAGC